UAAUUAACGUCAUUAUCACAUCAGCAGUGGCAGGUGGUGGCUGGGACGUGUAGGCUGCUACGCAUGGAUGAGAGGCGUCCGCAGCCCCAUAGCGCAGAGAAAGGAGAUUAAAUUAAUCAGCUUAACUAUUCACAAGGUCUGAAAAUAAGCUGUGUUAGCAACCUGAGGGAGCACUUCGUAGAAUAUGUGGCGUUAUGCUUUAUUUACUGGGCAUCUGUCUGCACAGCCAGUGUUCUUCUGAGGUUUACUCGCCGCUUCCAGCCCCCGACGGGGGUGAAAUUAAGGAGCAAUGGGGGCAGGAAGACAGGUCAAACUCCUGCUGUGGAAGAACUGGACCAUCCGCAGGAGGCAGAGGGUGCGUUUCUUCGUGGAGAUCAUGUGGCCUGUGAUGCUGUUCAUGGGGCUGGUGUGGCUGAGACGGGUGAAUCCACUCUACCGCCAACACGAAUGUCACUUCCCCAACAAGGCCAUGCCAUCCACGGGCAUCCUGCCUUGGAUCCAGGGAAUCUUCUGCAAUGCCAACAACCCUUGUUUCCAGCACCCUACCCCUGGGGAAUCUCCCGGCGUGGUGUCCAACUACAACAACUCAAUAUUGGCUCGGUUCUACUCGGAUGCACAGGAGCUCCUCUUUAGUGAGCCGCAGCUUCUGCAGCUUAGCCGGCUCUGGAGGGAACUGAAUGCCAUGAGUGAUUUCAUGGACACGCUGCGCACCCACCCUGAACAGGUCUCAGGCCGAGGAGUAAAAGUGGAGAGCAUCCUGAAGGACGAUGAGACUCUGACGUCGUUCCUGCUCAGAGACAUUCCUUUGACAGAAUCUGUGGUGUAUCAGCUAGUCAAUGCUCAGAUCAGGCCCGAACAGUUUGCCCACGGGGUCCCUGAGCUGCACCUGAAAGACGUAGCCUGCAACGUGAACCUGCUGGAGCGCUUCCUGAUCUUUCCCAGCCACAGAGGCCUCUAUGCCGUCCGCAGCGCCAUGUGUCCCCUCACACCACAGUGGCUGCAGGUCAUCGAGGACAGGUUCUACGCCAAUGUUGACUUUUUCAAGCUCUUCCGCUUGCUUCCUCUCGUCCUGGACAGUCGCUCUCAAGGCUUCGACAUCCAGCUGUGGGUGCGGGUCGCCUCCGCUGCCUCAGACAAGCUGCGAGAGCUGCUGCAGAGGAACAGCUCCAGGGAGCUCCUCCAGGUCAUGACUCCUCUCUUCCAACGCGACCCGUCCAUCGGGCAGGCGGUGGCCGCCGCCUCCGGCCUGGCGUGUGGCUACGCGGAGGGCGCCUUCUCCCGGGUCACGUCCUUCAACUGGUACGAGGACAAUAACUACAAAGCCUUCCUGGGCAUCAGCGGCGGCCGGGCUCCCAGCCAGUACACGUACGACAACAGCACCACUCCUUUCUGUAACGAUCUGAUGAGGGACCUGGAGUCCAACGCUGUCACUCGGGUGGUUUGGAACUCCGUGAAGCCCCUGCUGAUGGGUUCCAUCCUCUACGCCCCCGACUCACCCGCUGUCAGACAGAUCAUACGAAACGCCAACACUACCUUUGAAGAGCUGGGGCGCCUGAGGACCAUGGGGAAGGCCUGGGAGGAGGUGGCUCCACAGAUCUGGGCUUUUUUCCAGGACGGACUUCAAGUCAAGAUGAUUCGGGACACCAUUCAAAACCCAUCGGUGAUGGAUUUCAUCGACAGGAGUCUGGAGGAGGCGCCGUUCUCUUCCAAACAUAUCCUCAACUUCCUGCACAACGGCCCACCGGAGGACCGGCCCGACGGCAUGCCCAGCUUCGACUGGCGGGACAUCUUCAACCUCACGGACAGGGCCAUCCGGAUGCUCAACCAGUAUGGGGAUUGUGUCAUCCUGGAUAAGUUUGUGCCUCUACCUGACGAGGACGCUGUCACCCAUCGGGCCUUGAGCCUGUUGGAGGACAGCAAGUUCUGGGCAGGCCUCGUCUUCCUGAAUAUGCACUCCUGGACCAACAGCGUCCCACCUCAUGUCAAGUUCAAGAUCCGGAUGGAUAUUGAUGCAGUGGAGCGAACGAAUAAGGUCAAAGACAGAUACUGGGACCCUGGCCCCAGAGCAGAUCCCAUGGAUGACCUCCGCUACGUCUGGGGCGGCUUUGCUUACCUCCAGGACAUAAUUGAGCAUGGGAUUAUUAAGACCCAGACAGGAAAAGAGUGGCCGCUGGGCGUCUACCUUCAGCAGAUGCCUUACCCCUGUUAUGUGGAUGACCUCUUCAUGCUGACUCUGAAUCGCUGUUUCCCCAUCUUCAUGGUGCUGGCCUGGGUCUACUCUGUGUCCAUGACAGUGAAGAGCAUCGUUCUGGAGAAGGAGCUUCGACUGAAGGAGACCCUCAAGGUCAUGGGGGUCACCAACGGCGUCAUCUGGUCCACCUGGUUUAUCGACAGCUUCAUCAUGAUGGGCACCAGCACUGUUCUCCUCACCAUCAUUACCAUGGGAGGGAGGGUCCUCAACUACAGCGACCCAGUCCUCCUCUUCCUCUUCCUGCUCACCUUCACCACGGCGACCAUCAUGCAAUGCUUCCUCCUCAGCGUCUUCUUCAACCAGGCCAACCUGGCCGCAGCCUGCUGUGGCAUCGUGUACUUUGCCCUUUACCUCCCGCACAUCUUCUGCUUCGCCUGGCAAGACCGCAUCACCAAGGACAUGAAGAUCCUCGUGAGUCUGCUGUCCCAGGUGGCCUUUGGCUUCGGCACAGAGUACCUGUCUCGAUAUGAAGAACAGGGUCUGGGUCUGCAGUGGGACAACAUCCAGACCAGCCCUUUAGAGGGAGACGAGUUCUCCUUCCUCACUUCAAUCUGCAUGAUGGGCCUGGACACAGUGCUCUAUGCCGUUCUGGCCUGGUACCUGGACAAUGUCUUCCCAGGACAGUAUGGAAUCGGCCGCCCCUUUUAUUUCCCCCUCCUGCCCUGUUACUGGCUCAACACUGUGGCCCCAGCUUCAAGCGACGGCAAACUGGAGCUGAAUAAAAAGGGCUUUGACAACCUGGCAAACACUGAGCAAGGAGUGCAGAAAAAAGCAGAGAACAGGGAAAACCAGGGCAAGAGCACGUCGUGCGAGCACCCAGAUCAGGCUGAGGCCGAGGGCGAGGAGACGCAGGAGAACCACGGUGCGGGUUUCUUCGAGGCGGAGCCGGCGGGUCUGGUGAAAGGCGUCUGUAUCCAGAACCUGGUCAAGGCGUUCGGCAGCCGCCGCCCACCGGCCGUGGACGGCCUCAGCAUCAGCUUCUACGAAAGCCAGAUCACCGCCUUCCUGGGCCACAACGGGGCCGGGAAGACCACCACCAUGUCCAUCCUGACGGGGAUGUUGCGUCCGACGUCGGGAACCGCCACCAUUUAUGGCAAGGACAUCCGCGCAGACAUGGACUCCAUCCGCCUUUCUCUGGGAAUGUGCCCCCAACACAACAUCCUUUUUCAUAACAUGACGGUGGCCGAGCAUAUCCUGUUCUACGCGCUGCUGAAAGGCUGCCCGAGCGCCGCGGCCGAGGAGGAGGUGGAGAACAUGCUUCAGGACCUGGGUCUGCCCCACAAGAGACACGAGCUCACGCAGAAUCUCUCCGGCGGCAUGCAGCGGAAGCUGUCCGUCGCUGUGGCGUUCGUCGGCGGGGCGAAGGUGGUGAUCCUGGACGAACCCACGUCGGGGGUGGACCCCUACUCCAGACGCUCCAUCUGGGACCUGCUGCUGAAGUAUCGCGCAGGGCGCACGGUCAUCAUGUCCACCCACCACAUGGACGAGGCCGACCUGCUGAGCGACCGGGUGGCCAUCAUCUCCCAGGGCCGCCUCCACUGCUGCGGCUCCCCCAUCUUCCUCAAGAACUGCUUCGGAGCCGGCUUCUACCUCACUCUCGUGCGGCGGAUGAAACACGACGCUCCCAAGACCAGCCGCACCUGCACCAAAGACUGCUCCUGCAAGUGCUCCAAAUGCUCCAAGUUUAAAGCGAACCAGGAGGAGAGUCAGGCUUCGGAUCGACAGAUGGACGGCAACGUGGACCGCAUCACAGCCCUGGUGCAGCAUCACGUGCCACAGGCCCGUCUGACCGAGGCCAUCGGCCAGGAGCUGACCUACCUGCUCCCCAGCCGGGACUUCCAGCCCCGGGCCUACGCCAGCCUCUUCAGGGAGCUGGAGGAGACGCUCGUGGACAUCGGCCUCAGCAGCUUCGGCGUCUCCGACACGUCGCUCGAAGAGAUUUUCCUGAAGGUCACGGCUGACGGCAACGCGGCCAGCAGCAAGUGCACGAAAGACAUGGAAUCUUUGAAGCCGGUUUCAUCUCGUCUCUGCGGGUUCAGCAGAGGGACUGUUGACGCGGAGCCACUGAAAGAGGCGGAGGCGGAGGCGGCGGCGCACGCCAACGGCCACGGCCCGAGCACCGGUGGGGACGGCGCCUCAGGCCGCGGGUCGUACCAGGUCAGAGGCCCGCGUCUGGCCUUUAAGCAGUUCACCGCUCUCCUCAUCAAGAGGCUGCGUCACACCACGCGCUCCUACAAGGACUUCCUGGCCGAGAUCGUGCUGCCGGCCAGUUUUGUCUUCCUGGCGCUGACGUUCGCUCUGGUGGUUCCACCGUUUGGAGAGUAUCCGAGUCUGGCCCUGACUCCCUGGAUGUACGGCCGACAGUACACGUUCUUCAGCAACGAGCGCCCUGCGGAUGCUGAAAUGAGCCACCUCGGGACGGUGCUGCUGGACAAGCCCGGCUUCGGGACGCGCUGCAUGGUGGACGAGCCCCUGGAAGAAUUCCCCUGCAACAACAUCACCACGGAGUGGGAGGUGCCGCCGCUGAGCCGCGCGCUGCAGGACACGCCGGCCGGGCCACGGCGGACCCCCCUCGGACCCUCCCCCGACUGCCAGUGCAGCGCGGCGAGCAGGCUCACCAUGCUGCCCGUGUGCCGCGAGGGAGCGGGAGGUCCGCCGCCCCCGCAGAGGAUCCAGUCCACGGGCGACGUUCUCAUGGACCUCACGGGCAGGAACAUCUCUGACUACUUGGUGAAGACCUACCCGAGCCUCAUCAGAACCAGCUUGAAGAGCAAAUACUGGGUGAACGAACAAAGAUACGGAGGGAUAUCAGUGGGAGGACGGCUCCCGGUUCUGGGGCUGCAGCCGGACGCCGUCCGCGCCGCAGCGGCACAACUGGGGCGACUGCUCAACGUGACCGGGGGCAGACACUCCGAGCAGACGCUGAGGGACGUGGGGGCGCUCCUCAGGUUCGCGGAGACGCCGGACAACGUCAAGGUGUGGUACAACAACAAGGGCUGGCACGCGAUGGUGGCCUUCAUGAACGUGGCCAACAACGGGAUCCUGCGCGCUCACCUGCCCAGAGGCGCCGACCUGGACCGCUACGGCAUCACCGCCAUCAACCACCCCCUGAACCUCAGCAGGGAACAGCUGUCGGAGGUCACAGUUUUGACCACCUCCGUGGACGCGGCCGUGUCCAUCUGCGUCAUCUUCGCCAUGUCCUUCGUCCCGGCCAGCUUCGUCCUCUACCUCAUCCAGGAGAGGGUGACCCAGGCCAGACACCUGCAGUUCGUCAGUGGCGUCAGCCCGCUGCUGUACUGGGUGACCUGCUUCCUCUGGGACAUGGUGAACUACUCCCUCAGUGCAGCACUGGUGUUGGAGAUAUUCAAGUUCUUUGACAAGAAGUGCUACACGUCGCCAACCAACCUCCAGCCGUUUGUCGCCCUGCUGAUGCUUUAUGGCUGGUCUGUGACACCCAUGAUGUACCCCAUGUCCUGCCUGUUCAGCGUCCCCAGCACCGCCUACGUGUCCCUGUCGUGCAUCAACCUCUUCAUCGGCCUCAACAGCAGCGCCGUCACCUUCAUCCUGGAUCUGUUCGAGAGAACGACGGCGCUGUACAGAUUCAACCAGGUGUUAAAGGCCGUGCUGCUCGUCUUCCCUCAUUACUGCCUGGGCCGAGGUCUCAUAGACAUGGCCAUGAACCAGGCCCUGACGGACGUCUACUCCCGCUUUGGUGAGGAUUAUAGCCCAGAUCCCUAUGACUGGGACUUUAUUGGGAAGAACCUGUUCUGCAUGACGGUUGAGGGGUUUGUCUAUUUCAUCCUUAACAUUUUCUUCCAGUACGGCUUCUUCCUGGAUCACUGGAUGUCGGAUUCUCCAAAGUCUUCUGUUUUGGAUGACGAUGUAGACGUCGCCGAAGAAAGGGAGCGAAUCUGUCAGAGUGAAAAACCAACAGACAUUUUACACAUCAGAGACCUGUCCAAGACGUACAGAGGGACCAUCAUCCCUGCAGUGGACCGCAUCUGCGUUGGAGUUUCACCUGGAGAGUGCUUCGGCCUCCUGGGCGUAAACGGAGCAGGCAAAACAACCACGUUCAAGAUGUUGACAGGCGACAUCUGCGUCACCUCGGGCGACGCCUCGGUGGCUGGCUACAGCAUUUUGACCAACAUCCUGGACGUCCAUCAGAACAUGGGCUACUGCCCACAGUUCGAUGCCAUCGACGAGCUGCUGACGGGCAGGGAACACCUGCAGCUGUACGCCCGCCUGCGUGGGGUCCCCGAGUCGGAGAUCAGCAGGGUUGCAGAGUGGGCCAUCCAGAAGCUGGGGCUGUCAGAGUACGCGGGACGGAGCGCUGGGACCUACAGCGGCGGGAACAGGAGGAAGCUGUCCACGGCUAUCGCCAUGAUCGGCUGCCCCGCUCUGGUGCUGCUGGAUGAGCCCACUACAGGUAUGGACCCUCUGUCCAGACGCUUCCUCUGGAACUCCAUUAUGAGUGCCAUUCAGGACAGACGAGCCGUGGUUCUCACCUCUCACAGUAUGGAGGAAUGUGAGGCGCUGUGCACCCGCUUGGCCAUUAUGGUCAAUGGAUCCUUCAAGUGUCUUGGAACGAUUCAGCACCUCAAAUACAAAUUCGGUGAUGGCUACGUGGUGACGAUGAAGAUCAGAAGCUCUGAGCCCGGUUGCUCCCCAGAUCUGAACCCCGCUGAGGCCUUCAUGGAGAGCACCUUCCCCGACUGCAUCCAGAGAGAGAAGCACUACAAUACUCUACAGUACAAGAUCUCCUCCUCCUCUCUGGCCAGGAUCUUUCAAAUGGUCCUGGCAAAUAAAGACAAGCUGAACAUAGAGGACUACUCAGUGUCACAGACCACUCUGGACCAGGUCUUUGUGAACUUUGCCAAGCAGCAGUCCAGGGAGGAUGAGGCCAUCGUGCUGCAUCCUAAAGCAGCUGGAGCACAGCGGUAUAUUAACGCAGCGCCCACGAAGCCUGUGACGCAGUAAACCUAUUAUUCAUUAGCGUGUCGAUGCUCUGUCACAUUGUUCCGCUCCUGAUUAACACAAAGAACGGGCCCAUCAGCUGUUCUGGGACAAACCGUAGACGGUAAGCUUUUGACAUGAUGAGCAGAGCAGUCUGCGUUGCUCCUCUGAGGUGAGAUGCAGUCUGUAAUGGGAAACCUGUGGUGUGUCUGACCGACUGCUGCACGCCUGCGUUGCAUUUGUGCUCGGCUUUUCAUUCGUGUGGGAGCAUUUCUGUGCCUGCUACUGUAUAUGCUCACUCACCUCGUAAGUCAGCGACUACAUGAGCUUCAGAUCGACAUUUAGACAAGGACCGUGAUGUCAACAGUGAAGGGAGAGGAGGUCCUGUGUAUUUGCUUCAGAUGCCAAGCCCCAUCGUCUUGUUGCCUUCUUUAGGUACAGUAUGAAAUGAUCUCAGUCAAUCAAGAGUUUUUACUCAAACGCUUGGACAUGUGCUAAAACAAUCUGCUAGUGAUUCUGUAACUAGUUGACACUUUCUGCUUGCUGCUACAAAACAAAUGUUCCACUCAUUUGCAUGUGUCAUUUUAUUAUGCAGUUGCCUGUGAAGGCGUUAGAACCUACUGUAUGCAGUCUAAUACAAAUCCUUCACAAAUGGCUUUGAAGUUUGGGUUGGUGUCUGAAUUCCAGCAUCUGGCCUCAUCAGAGAAACGCGACACAACAUCACAGAAAUGAGGAUUUCAGUAUGGAUUUUUAUUACAACUUAACUAUUACAGUCACUCUUGACAACAAAACAUUGUCAAUUAAACCUGAGAUUUCAAAGUGA